AUGGAACCAACUUGGUACAAUGAGAAAAUUCCGGACGAUUCACUCAACGAAGAAGAUCCGAAUUGUGAAGUAAAGAAAAUAUUAGCAGAUAAGAAAAAAGAAGACGAUAUGUAUUAUCUAAUUCAGUGGGUUGGAUAUCCAGUUUCACAAAACCAAUGGGUAGCAAGAAAAGACUUGGAAUGCCCUAAAAUAUUGGCAGCUUAUCGUGCUGAAAAGAAAGAAAAAAAUUUAUUGCUCAAAAAAUUUCAUGAAGAACCACGUGAAAAGGUACUAAGCGCAUCAAAGGAUAAUGGAAAAGUCAAAUUUAACAUCAUAGAUAAAAAUGGUAAAAAUAAAGUUUGCACUACUGAUGAAAUGAAGAGGAAACACGCAAAAGCAUUACUUGACUUUUACGAAGCACAUAUAAACUUUACUGAUAAGCAAAUUUACAAUUCUAUACAAAAUAGGCCAAUGUAUGCUAAUUAA